CCUCUAAACCCGCACCGCACACCAAGAAUGCCUGAAAAAGAUGUAAGAAUGUUAGGCGCAAACCUCCCGCCCUUCAAUGCUGAUGGCGCCGUUUCACCCACAUACGAAGAUCCACCCCUCUAUACACCACCCUCUCCGCGCGUCUCGAGGCGCAACAAAAUCCUCGAUGCCAUCAGGAAACCAUUCGACUCUUCCCACCAUCACCACUCAUCUUCUUCCAGCUCCAUUCCCACCCCUGAAAUCUCGACCUCCACUACAGCGCCCCACAAGGGGAAAGAAUGCAAAGAAAGAUCUCCAGCCCUUCAGGAUGCGAUUAUUCGUAUGGAAGCCCGCAAAGCGCUCACCAUUGCCAAAAUGGAGCAAGAAGGCAAAGAUACCAGCAUCCUGAGCGGGAGAAGAGCAGACCAAGUAAGGAAUCCUUUGAGAGGCUGA